AUGCUUGACGAUGAAACUACGCUUCCGCCGUCAUCAUCCAUUCCGCCGGCUGGACCGCCUACCGAGAAUCUUUUGAUUUUCGACUCAAACAUUCUUCAAGAGUACCUGGAACUCCUUUUACCAGUAAUACUUGCUGCCGACGUCGCUGAUCUGGAGAGCACACUGUUUGCUUACCCUGACACCAAAGAGAAACUCAAGCGUUUCGCAAACGAUCCUCAGUGCUCUGUACUUUUCAUUUUGAAAGAAAAAGAAGGCGGAAAAGCUGACGAAGAUGAUGCUACCCCGAUUACUUAUACGUACAGUGCGUCGCACGAAAUCACCUACCUUCCGACUCACGUCGGAUCGGUUGGUAUCAUCAAACGAACUCCUACGUUGGAUCCUUCGCGCCCUUUGCAAAACCAGGUCCAGCUUAUCAACCUGCCCGGUGCUCCAAGUGCGGAUGAACCGGGACAAACGAGUGCUUACGAGUUCUUGCAUUCCUACAUCCACCACGCGGUUAGUCCUUACUUCAACGCUUACGUGAAUGCCAGGCAUGGGUCGACCACCGAGACCGGCAAAAGCAAAAAUGAAGACAACAAGAUGGGAGUGCCCAUGGCCAAGAAGAAGAUGGCUGAGUUGGAACUCAGUUUAUUGCAUUUGCAGCAAAACGUCGAAAUCCCUGAAAUCUCCCUCAAUAUCCAUCCCGUCGUGCAGAAGGCAGUUGAUAAGUGUCGCGAACAAAACAAACGAGUCACGGUCGAGGCCGUCGAUGCCACUUUGUUCUCUGAUUCGUCUUUCCUGAACAAGCUCCAGAGUGACGUCAACGGUUGGAUUAAGGAAAUCCAAAAGGUCACUAAAAUGUCCCGCGACCCUGCAAAUGGCGCAGCCAUUCAGGAAAUCAAUUUUUGGCUGAGCAUGGAACGUGCUUUGGAAAAGAUCGAUGAGCAGCUCAAGAGUGAUCAAAUCACUUUGACGCUUGAUAUCUUGAAGCAUGCCAAGCGAUUUCAUGCCACUGUCAGUUUCAUCGCUGAUACGGGUCUAAAGGAAGGCAUGGAACUCGUCCAUAAAUACAAUCAGUUGAUGAAAGAUUUUCCGUUGAACGAACUUCUUUCGGCUACGGAUGUCGACAAAAUCCGAGAAUCCUUGGGCCUGAUUUUUGGCCAUCUUAACAAAAAGCUCAAGCUCUCCCCUUACCCUAUCCGUCGUGCACUCCCCUUGGUGGAGGCUAUUUCCCGAGAUCUAAAUGACCAGUUGCUGAAAGUGCUGGGAAGUCGACGUUUGAUGUACAUGGAGUACGAUGAUUUUGAGAAAACGACAGCCGGCGCCGAAGCCGUCUUCCAUACUUGGGACGAUUUGAUCAAGGAGUUCACCAAUGUGGCUCGUGAUGUUACGCGCAAACGUUCUGAGAAAUUCCUGCCAAUCAAAAUCAACCCAGCUCAUGCUAAGCUCCAGGAACGCGUUCUCUUUGUCCGCGCUUUCCGAAAGCAACAUGAACAGUUGCAUCAGACCAUCGUGCGGGUUAUGGCCAGCCCUCGCGCGAAAAAAUCCACCGUGAUAAAUGAUGGCCAGGUUAAAAGAGUUAUGGAGGAAGAAGAAAGCGUCAGCAUCAGCGAUAUCAAUGCCGUAGAAGAAGUCAAGUUGGCUUACGAAUGCGUAAAGAAUAUUGAUGUGCUCGAUGUUUCUCCAGAGGGAACCGAAAUUUGGGUCCAGGCAGAAACAGCCUAUAAUGAACGGGUAUCUCGUGUGGAGAACCAGAUCAUUGCCCGCUUGCGAGACCGCUUGGGUACAGCCAAAAGUGCUAAUGAGAUGUUCCGAGUGUUUUCAAAAUUCAAUGCUCUCUUUGUACGCCCCAAGAUCCGAGGUGCUAUCCAAGAAUACCAGACACAGCUUAUUGACAGUGUCAAAGAAGAUAUCAACAAAUUGCACGAUAAAUUCAAAAUGCAAUAUCGUAACUCUGAGGCCUACCACAUGGCACAAUUGCGCGAUUUGCCGCCUAUUUCCGGAGCCAUCAUUUGGGCUCGUCAGAUCGAUCGUCAGCUGUCCUUGUACAUGCGACGCGUUGAAGAUGUACUGGGUAAAGGCUGGGAAUUGUAUGCUGAAGGUCAAAAGCUUCAAAUUGAAAGCAGCAGCUUCCAUAAAAAACUGGAUACGCGACUCAUUUACGAGAACUGGUUGCAAGAAAUCACAAAACGUGACUUAUCAGUUUCUGGCCGUAUUUUUGAGAUUUCCCGUAAUCGAGUACAGAAAAAUGCACUGCAACUGGGCGUCAACUUUGACGGACAAAUCAUUACGUUAUUCAAGGAAGUUCGCAAUUUGCUAUGGCUCAAUUUCCAAGUACCGCACACAAUCUCCAAUGUUGCCAAGGACGCUAAGCGUGUCUAUCCUUUUGCUGUAAGCCUCAUGGAAACUGUCCGCACUUUCUCGCAAACAGUCCAUAAAGUGAAUCGCAAUCCUGAUAUUGCUUCUCUCGUCGCUGGCUAUCGAAAUGAAGUUCAUUUAAUGAUCACCAAGGGUAUCAAUUUACGAUGGGACUACUUUGUCAACAGUUAUGAUUCGCAUCAUCGACCUUUAUCGUACCUCACAGGCACACCAUUGGAUGCUCGUGAAAAUCGCCAUGUCAAUUUUGUGCGCGAAUUUGCGAAUAUUGUCUCUGUAUUCCAGGAUAAAGUAGAUUCCAUGAUCGGCUAUUAUGACGAUAUCACGAAAGCCAUUGAAGAAAUGCGAGCAUGUCCUUAUCAGGUGGAACGGUUUGAGGAUGCCCUUGGACGCAUUCAGAAGUUGAUUGAUCGUCUCAACUUGGAGAAUUAUUCGAACCUGGAUCAAUGGGUGGCUGGCUUAGACAAGCGUAUCGAGACAGUUCUUAUCAAUCGAUUGCAGCAAGCUAUCAAAGCAUGGACCAAUACCUUCCAAGGCAUUAGCGAAGACAUCAUUGUUCCCGAAGUGAGCGCCUCAAAAACCCGGCGCAAGCGUAAGGCAGCUGUCCGAGGCGAUGCCGUUGUGGAAGAAAAAGCACCAGUUGUUCAGAAAUCACUGGACGUGAGACCGGCUUUGCAAACCUUAAUUCACGAAAUCCGUAUUCGGAAUCAAGUGAUGUACUUGGACCCUCCAAUCGAACAGGCGCGUACCAACUGGUGGUCACAGCUCCACGACUGGCUCGCUGUGGUUUGCCAUCUUUCUCGUAUCCAGAGUUCCCGUUACGAAGGCGGUUUAAGUGUCAAGGAUAACCUCAACAUUGAAAAGAGCUAUGCUAGUCUUCUCACUCGAAUGGGUGAUGGAUCCUUGGAGCAUGCCUACAGCAUCGUCGAAGACAAGUUGCGCGAAGUUUCCGACUAUGUUAAUAUUUGGCUGCAGUACCAAUCGUUGUGGGAUCUUGAAUCCAACCAUGUGUUCUCUAUCUUGGAGGAUGACCUGGUUAAGUGGCAACAAAUCCUGCUUGAAAUCAAGAAAGCUCGUAGCACCUUUGACAAUUCCGAAACGGAGCAAUCGUUUGGUCCACUUGUCGUCGACUAUGAACAGGUGCAAAGCAAAGUCAACCAAAAAUACGAUCAGUGGCAGAGAGAAAUCCUCAACAAAUUCGGCAGCAUGCUUGGCACCUCGAUGCGCGAUUUCCAUACCGCCGUGUCCAAAGGACGCUACGAACUGGAACAGCAGUCGAUCGAAAGCAAUUCCACUGGUGAGGCUGUAACGUUCAUUACCUUUGUCCAGGACCUGAAGCGUAAGGUGGCCAAAUGGAGUCAAGAUGUCGAGCUGUUCCGUCAAGGUCAAAAAACCCUGGAACGUCAACGUUUCCAAUUUCCUAGUGAUUGGGUUUAUGUCGACCAAGUCGACGGUGAAUGGAGUGCCUUUAACGAAAUUCUGAGCCGCAAGAACAACGCUAUUCAAGAGCAGAUCGCGGGCUUGCAAAUGAAGAUUGUUGCCGAAGACAAAGUCGUGGAACAAAAGAUUCGCGAUAUUUGCGCUGAAUGGGAGAAGAGCAAACCUGUUCAAGGCGACAUUAAGCCUGACAUUGCCACCAACACGCUCAGUAUCUUUGAAGGUCGCGUGACUCGCUUGAAGGAAGAGUAUGAUAUGGUGUGUCGAGCAAAGGAAGCCUUGGAUUUGGAACAAACAUCCGAAGACCGUCUCGAUCCUGUCCUUGAAGAAUUGCGUGACUUGAAAUCGGUCUGGACCGCCUUAGCCAAGGUUUGGCAAUCCGUGUACGAGAUUCGCGAUACUCCUUGGUCCUCUGUUGUGCCGCGUAAAGUGCGCCAGCACAUCGACGAGUUGGUCGGAUCUACAAAAGAAAUGCCGAAUCGCAUGCGUCAAUACGCUGCCUAUGAAUAUGUGCAAGAUACUUUGCGUCAACUGUUACGUGUCAAUCCUUUGGUUUCCGAUCUCAAAUCAGAAGCCCUUCGUGAACGCCAUUGGCGACAGAUCUUCAAGAUGUUGCGUGUGGAAGGACGAUUCACUCUUGCUGAAAUGACCAUUGGUCACUUGUGGGAUCUCGAUUUGAAGCGCAACGAGCAGGUCAUCAAGGACGUUAUUAUGCAAGCUCAAGGUGAAAUGGCCUUGGAAGAAUUCUUGAAGCAAGUGAAAGAAACAUGGGCCAACUAUGUUUUGGAUCUCGUCAACUAUCAGAACAAAUGCCGCCUUAUUCGUGGAUGGGACGAUCUUUUCAACAAGUCGAGUGAACACAUCAAUUCCCUGACGGCCAUGAAACUGUCUCCGUAUUACAAGGUUUUCGAAGAAGAUGCGGCUGCUUGGGAAGACAAGUUGAACCGUGUUCAUGUACUGUUCGAUGUGUGGAUCGACGUACAACGUCAAUGGGUGUACCUUGAAGGCAUUUUUAGCAGCAGCGUCGAUAUCAAGCACCUGCUUCCAGUCGAAACAUCUCGAUUCCAGAGCAUCAAUACCGAAUUUUUGACCGUGAUGAAGAAAGUCUACAAAUCCCCGUUUGUCAUGGAUGUUUUGAACAUUCCCAAUGUGCAAAAGUCGUUGGAACGGUUGGCUGAUCUGCUGAGCAAGAUCCAGAAGGCGCUGGGUGAAUAUUUGGAGCGUGAACGUGCAUCGUUCCCUCGUUUCUACUUUGUCGGUGACGAAGAUCUCUUGGAAAUUAUCGGUAACAGUAAAGAUAUUUUGCGUAUCCAGAAACACUUCAAGAAGAUGUUUGCCGGUAUCGCCACCAUCAUGCUGAAUGAAGACCAAUCGGCUAUUCUGGGUAUGUGCUCUAAAGAGGGCGAAGAAGUCGUAUUCAAGACCCCGGUAUCGAUCAAGGACAAUCCAAAGAUCAAUGACUGGCUUACCAUCCUGGAGAACGAAAUGCGCAGCUCGUUGGCUAUUUUGAUGACUGACGGCGUGACCGAAUUGGAAGCAAUCUAUAACGCCGACGAAAUUAAUUCGGAAGAAUUCAUGGCAUGGGUUGACCAGUACCCCGCUCAAUUAGUGGUUCUUGCUGCACAGAUCACUUGGACUCAAUCUGUGGAUCGUGCUUUGACCACCAUGGGCGAAGCCGAGAAUGGUGACCAAACACCGCUUGAAAAAGCCAUUGAACUUGUGGAACGCAAUUUGAACGUGUUGGCAGAUGCUGUGCUCUUGGAUCUUUCACCGAUCAAACGACGCAAAUGCGAGCAUUUGGUGACUGAACUUGUUCAUCAACGUGAUGUAACGCGUCAACUCCUGAAUUCAAAUGUGAGCUCGACUCGCGACUUUAACUGGCUGUAUCAGAUGCGCUUCUAUUUCAACCCUGCUGUCGAGAACCCCAUUCACCGUUUGACUAUCAACAUGGCCAAUGCUUCCUUCUACUACGGUUAUGAGUACCUUGGUGUCGUGGAUCGUCUCGUGCAAACCCCGUUGACCGAUCGUUGUUACCUCACAUUGACGCAAGCACUCGAACAACGUUUGGGUGGAUCACCAUUUGGUCCAGCUGGUACCGGUAAAACCGAAUCCGUCAAAGCGCUCGGUGUACAACUGGGACGAUUUGUGCUUGUUUUCUGUUGUGACGAAACAUUUGAUUUCCAGGCCAUGGGUCGUAUCUUUAUUGGUCUUUGUCAAGUCGGCGCUUGGGGUUGUUUUGACGAAUUCAAUCGUCUGGAAGAACGCAUUCUUUCCGCCGUCUCACAGCAGGUGCAGACCAUUCAGUUGGGUCUCAAGGAAGCGAGCGCGAACCCCAAUCAUGAAAUUGAACUGGUUGGCCGAAAUGUCAAAGUCAACACCGACACUGGUAUCUUCAUCACGAUGAAUCCUGGUUAUGCUGGCCGUUCCAAUUUACCCGACAAUUUGAAGAAGCUCUUCCGUAGCAUUGCCAUGACGAAACCCGAUCGUGAAUUGAUUGCGCAAGUCAUGUUGUACUCGCAGGGUUUCAGAACGGCUGAAACGUUGGCUUCCAAGGUGGUGCCUCUCUUCAACUUGUGUGCCGAACAAUUAUCGCCUCAAUCACAUUACGAUUUUGGUCUUCGUGCGCUCAAGAGUGUGCUUGUGAGUGCCGGUAAUCUUAAACGUGAUCGAUUGGCGCUAGUACGCAAGGAUAUCGAAGCUGGCGAAAGAGAUAAAUCGGAAUACAUCUGCAUCUCUGAGCCUGUUCCCGAACAGCAAUUGCUCAUUUCCAGUAUCCGUGAAACCGUGGUGCCCAAACUGGUGGCUGACGAUAUCCCUCUUCUCACAAGUCUGUUAACGGAUGUGUUCCCCGGUGUGGAAUAUGCACCUGUCAACCUGGAUCAUCUUAAACGCGAAUUAAAGAAAGUGUGCGAAGAACGACGCCUGGUGGCUGGUGACGCAUGGAUGGAAAAGGUCAUUCAACUGUAUCAAAUCCAGAAUAUUCACCAUGGUUUGAUGAUGGUCGGACCUUCGGGCUCUGGUAAAUCGGCAGCCUGGAAAACGCUGUUGACAGCCUUGGAACGUGUCGAAAAUGUGGAAGGCGUCGCCUAUACCAUUGAUCCCAAGGCUAUUCCUAAAGAUGCCCUAUAUGGUACACUGGACGCCACGACGCGUGAAUGGACUGAUGGUUUGUUCACACAUAUUCUUCGAAAAAUUGUGGACAACGUUCGUGGCGAAAGUCAAAAACGACACUGGAUCAUCUUUGAUGGUGAUGUCGAUCCAGAAUGGGUUGAAAACUUGAACUCUGUACUGGAUGACAAUCGGUUAUUGACCUUACCCAACGGUGAACGUCUCAAUCUACCUCCCAAUGUGCGCAUCAUGUUCGAAGUCGAAACGCUGAAGUAUGCCACUUUAGCCACAGUAUCGCGUUGUGGUAUGGUAUGGUUCAGUGAAGAUGUUAUCAGUCUCAACAUGGUCUUCUCCAACUACCUGGAAACAUUACGCAAUGUACCAAUGGACGAAAUUGAAGAAGAAGGUGCACCUUCGCGCCGUCUGACAGAAACAGAUGAAGUGACUUCAAUUUCUCCCAACCUCGCUACGCAGCGCGCCAUUGCCACCAUCAUGGAAGUGGAUCUGUCCGACGAGAACGGUCUAGUUGGCAAAGCGCUGGAUUAUGCUUUCAAACUCGAACAUAUCAUGGAUUUCACUCGCAUGCGUGUCUUGGGCACUUUCUUCUCAUUGUUGAACAAGACAGUUCGCAAUGUCCUCGAAUACAAUGCGCAGCAUCUUGACUUCCCGAUGACGGGAGAUCACUUGGAAGGUUAUAUCACGAAACGCAUCAUCUAUUCCAUUAUUUGGAGUUUCUCUGGUGACGCCAAGUUGGAUCUUCGUACCGUCUUGGGUGACUACGUCCGCGGUAUCACCACUUAUGAACUUCCUCCGGCUGCCAACCAUCAGAGUAUCAUUGACUUUGAUAUCGCCGUCAAUACUGGCCAAUGGGUGCCCUGGGAAUCCAAGGUUCCUGUUGUGGAAAUCGAGACUCACAAGGUUUCGGAAGCAGACAUGAUCAUUCCUACGGUCGAUACCAUCCGUCACGAGGAAGUCCUCUACUCAUGGUUAUCUGAGCAUAAGCCUUUGAUUCUUUGCGGUCCUCCCGGUUCUGGUAAAACCAUGACAUUGUUCAGCGCGCUUCGUAAACUUCCCGACAUGGAAGUGGUCGGUCUCAACUUCUCCAGUGCCACAACACCGGAUUUGAUCCUCAAGACUUUUGAACAGCAUUGUGAAUAUCGAAAGACGCCCAAUGGUGUGAUCUUAUCGCCUACCAUGAUCGGCCGCUGGCUCGUAGUUUUCUGCGAUGAAAUCAAUUUGCCUGCUACCGACAAGUAUCAUACUCAGCGAGUCAUCUCAUUCCUCCGCCAGCUGGUAGAAUAUAAUGGUUUCUGGCGUACCACCGAUAAAGCUUGGGUCACUUUGGAACGCAUUCAGUUUGUCGGUGCCUGUAAUCCUCCAACAGAUCCUGGUCGUGUUCCCCUUUCCCAUCGUUUCCUUCGCCACGCUCCUUUAGUGAUGGUGGAUUAUGCUGGUCAUACUUCGUUGAUGCAGAUUUAUGGCACCUUUGCUCGUGCCAUGUUGAAGGUGGUGCCCAACUUGCGCGGUUACUCUGAAGCGCUGACAGCGGCCAUGGUGGAAUUGUAUUUAGCAUCUCAGAAGCGAUUCACACCCGAUAUUCAAGCCCAUUACAUCUACUCGCCUCGUGAAUUGACACGUUGGGUCCGCGGUAUUUAUGAAGCGAUCAAACCUCUUGAAGAACUUUCUGUGGAAGGCCUGGUUCGUAUCUGGGCACAUGAAGCCUUGCGUCUGUUCCAAGAUCGUUUGGUCGGUGAAGACGAGCGUCAAUGGACCGAUGAAAUGAUCGACACGAUUGCGAUGAAGCAUUUCCCUGCUAUCAAUAGGGAGGAGGCGCUGGCUAGACCGAUCCUGUUCUCCAACUGGUUGUCCAAGUACUAUGUGCCGGUUGAACGUGAACAACUCCGUGAUUACGCCAAGGCUCGCCUCAAGGUGUUUUACGAAGAAGAAUUGGAUGUGGCUUUGGUCCUGUUCAAUGAUGUAUUGGAACACGUAUUACGUAUCGAUCGAGUGUUCCGUCAACCACAAGGUCAUUUAUUGUUGAUCGGUGUCAGUGGUUCAGGAAAGACGACCUUGUCUCGAUUCGUCGCUUGGAUGAACGGUCUUAGUGUGUUCCAGAUCAAGGUGCAUAACAAGUAUACUGGAGCCGAUUUCGAUGACGAUUUGCGUACAGUGCUUCGACGUGCAGGAUGCAAGGGUGAAAAGAUUUGCUUUAUCAUGGAUGAAUCGAACGUGCUGGACUCUGGUUUCUUGGAACGUAUGAACACAUUGUUAGCCAAUGCUGAAGUACCUGGUUUGUUUGAGGGGGACGAAUAUGCGUCAUUGAUGACAGCAUGCAAGGAGGGAACUCAGCGUGACGGUUUGAUGCUCGAUUCGAAUGAAGAACUGUACAAGUGGUUCAACCAGCAAGUAGCACGUAACCUGCACGUCGUGUUCACCAUGAAUCCUCCUGAAGGCGGUCUCGCCUCGCGUGCAGCGACUUCGCCUGCUUUGUUCAAUCGUUGUGUCCUCGAUUGGUUUGGUGAUUGGCCCGAUCAAGCAUUCUAUCAAGUGGGUAUGGAGUUCACCAAAACGCUUGAUUUGGAUCUGCAGAACUACAGAGCUCCUCUCAAUAUUCCUAUUGCGUAUCGCAAUCUUCCUAUCCCCCCGACACAUCGUGAAGCCGUUGUAAACGCUCUGGUGUACGUACAUCAAUCGUUGUACGAGAUCAAUGCCAAACUCAGCAAGCGUCAAGGUCGCCACAACUACGCUACACCGCGUCAUUUCUUGGACUUUAUUUCCCAUUACGUCCGUCUAUACAACGAGAAGCGUGAAGAUCUCGAAGAGCAGCAACGACAUUUGAACGUCGGUCUGGAGAAAUUAAAGGAUACCGUCGUAAAGGUUGAAGAACUACGAAAGAGCUUGGCUAUCAAGAAGAAUCAGCUCGAAUUGAAGAAUGCUCAAGCCAACGAAAAGAUCAAGCAGAUGUUGGCGGACGAAAAGGAAGCAGAACAAAAGAAAGCCGCUUCACUGGAGAUUUCCAAAGCCUUGGAAAUUCAAAACAAGCAAAUCGAAGAACGCCGUGAAAUUGUGUUGAAUGAUUUAGCAAACGCUGAACCCGCUGUGGCAGAAGCUCGCAAGAGUGUUAGCAGCAUUAAGCGACAGCAUUUGACGGAAGUAAGAUCGAUGGGUAAUCCCCCUGAAGCCGUGAAAUUAGCCAUGGAGUCCGUGUGUACUUUGUUAGGUCACAAGAUCGACAGCUGGAAGACGGUGCAAAGCAUCAUCCGUCGUGACGAUUUCAUUGCCAGUAUUGUAAACUACAACACCGAGAAUCAGAUGACGAAGCAAUUGCGCGAUUUGAUGCGUCGCACGUACAUGAACAAUCCUAGCUUUGAAUACGAAGCUGUGAAUCGCGCUUCGAAGGCCUGUGGUCCAUUGGUGAAAUGGGUAUCCGCGCAAGUGAACUAUUCCGAAAUUCUGGAUCGAGUAGGUCCUUUGCGUGACGAAGUGACUCAACUCGAACAGAGUGCGGAGGAUACCAUAGCCAAGGCAUCAGAGAUUGAACAGAUGAUUGUCGAUUUGGAAGCCAGUAUUGGUCGCUACAAGGAAGAAUAUGCCGCUCUCGUUGGCGAGACGCAAUUGAUCAAGGCAGAAAUGGACCGUGUGAAAUCUAAAGUCGAUCGCAGUGUCACUCUUCUUAGCAGUCUUUCCUCGGAAAAGGUGCGCUGGGAAACAGCCAGUCAAGCUUUCGAAAGUCAGAUGGGAACGAUUGUCGGCGACGUCUUAUUGUCAGCUGCCUUCUUGGCCUAUGGCGGUUACUUUGAUCAACAAUACCGCGAAGUGCUGAUGCAUAAAUGGACCGAACAUCUGUUAGCAGCCAGCAUUCAAUACAAGCAAGACAUGUCCUUGACGGAAUACUUAUCCACUGCCGAUGAUCGUUUAUCCUGGCAAGCAAAUUCCUUACCAGCGGAUGCCCUGUGUAUCGAAAACGCGAUCAUGCUGAAACGCUUCGACCGUUAUCCGUUGGUCAUUGAUCCCUCCGGACAGGCGACCAAUUUCUUGAUUAACGAAUACAAGGAUCGUAAGAUCACCGUAACCAGCUUUUUGGACGACGCCUUUAUCAAAAACUUGGAAAGUGCCUUGCGAUUCGGUAAUCCCAUUCUUAUUCAAGACGUGGAACACCUCGAUCCGAUUCUCAAUCCGGUCCUGAACAAGGAGCUUCGCCGCACAGGUGGCCGUGUAUUGAUCCGAUUGGGUAACCAAGACAUUGAUUUUUCACCGUCAUUCACCUUGUUCCUGUCGACGCGUGACCCCUCAGUCAACUUUGCCCCCGAUAUUUGUUCGCGAGUGACAUUUGUCAACUUUACUGUUACACGUGGAAGUCUACAGAGUCAAUGCUUGAACAAGGUUCUGAAAGCCGAAAGACCUGACGUAGAUCAGCGACGAACCGAUUUGAUCAAACUCCAGGGUGAAUUCCAGCUGAAGUUGCGUCAUUUGGAAAAGUCUUUAUUGCAAGCAUUGAACGAAUCCAAGGGUAACAUUCUCGACGACGACAAGGUGAUCGAAACCCUGGAAACGCUCAAGAAGGAAGCUGCCGAAAUUACACGCAAAGUGGAUGAAACCAAUACUGUCAUGCAAGAAGUGGAGCAAACGACAGCCGUAUAUACGUCGCUGGCUCAUGCGUGCAGCUCUAUUUUCUUUGUUAUGGAACAGCUCAACUUGGUGCACCAUUUCUACCAGUUCUCGCUUGAUUUCUUUUAUGAAAUCUUCCAAUACGUAUUGCAUGAAAACCCCAAUCUCAAAGGCGUCACUGAUCCCAAUGACCGUUUAGCCAUUCUUUCUCGAGAUCUCUUCACAGCCGCAUACAAACGUGCUUCGCGCACGCUCCUGCACGAAGAUUAUCCGAUGUUUGCCGUCCUCCUGUGCCAAGUGCGCAUGCAAGGCGGUCAAGAGCCGGUGGAUGAAACAGAAUACGAUUUCUUACUGAGUGGUGGCGAUAUUCCUGUAGGCGGUUCAACGGCGGCGACCGCAUCUAACCUGCCUUCUUUCAUUUCCGAUGAACUGGCUCAACGUAUCAAGGAAUUUGCAUCCUUGCAAUGCUUCCGUGGUUUAUGCGAUCAUAUUGCCGAACAUGAAGAUGAAUGGAAACAAUUCAUUGAUCAUGCACAGCCCGAAACGUGUGUUCCUGUAUGCUGGCAACCAGUUGAUAGUAACGCUACAUCAAAUUCGCUGCGUAAAUUACUGGUAGUAAAAUGCUUCCGACCUGAUCGAUUACUACCUGCCACAACGAUAUUCGCGUCGGAAAUCUUUGAUCCUGAAUUUGUCAAUUCUGGCGAACUGAAUCUGCAACAGAUUGUGUACGACGAGGUGAGCUGUAACACACCGUUGGCGCUUUGCUCUGUUCCUGGUUAUGAUGCUAGUUACCGUGUGGACAACCUGGUGGCGUCAUCUUCCACUCGUUGUACAUCAGUAGCCAUGGGUUCGGCUGAAGGUUUCACUCUGGCCGAUCAAGCUAUUUCUGCUGCCAUCAAGACAGGUAAUUGGGUAAUGCUGAAGAACGUCCAUCUGGCUCCUUCCUGGCUCGGACAACUUGAAAAGAAACUGCACAGCAUGAAAGCACAUCGCAACUUCCGCCUUUUCCUCACGAUGGAAACCAAUCCAAAAGUGCCUGUCAAUCUCUUGCGCAUGUCUCGCAUUCUGAUGUUCGAGCCUCCACCAGGCAUCAAAGCAAAUCUAUACGAAUCGUUGCGUAGCAUUCCUCCGUCUCGACUAUCGCGUGGUCCUACUGAACGUGCUCGCUUAUACUUUAUGCUUGCUUGGCUUCAUGCUGUGGUGCAAGAACGUUUACGAUAUGUUCCUUUGGGCUGGACCAAGGUCUAUGAGUUUAACGAUUCUGACCAAGAUUGCGCGUUUAGCACCGUCGAUAAAUGGCUGGACAGUGCGGCGGGUGGCCGUGCCAACAUUUCGCCUGAGAAGAUCCCUUGGGAUGCUAUUCGAUCUCUGCUCAAGCAGUCCAUCUAUGGUGGCCGUAUCGAUAAUGAAUUUGAUCAACGCUUACUGGAUUCCUUUGUCAACACCUUAUUCAGUCACCGCUGUUACGAUCUCGAUUUCGAAGUAGUGAAGCAGGGAAGCGACAACGAGCGAUCGCUGGUGGUACCUGACGGAACCAAGAUGGAGCAUUUCUUGGAAUGGGUGGAUAGACUCCCUGACCGUGAACCGCCUACUUGGCUCGGAUUGCCUGGCAACGCAGAGCGAGUCUUGUUGACACAGAAGGGCAACACCAUGCUGUCCAAGGUCCGCAAGAUGAAGAGUUUGACCGACGAUGACGAAGUGGCAUUCUCGCAAGGAUCAACGGCGCAAGCUCCCACUUCGCAACAACCUGCAUGGAUGAGAGCGUUGAGCAAUUCGAUUACGUCAUGGCUCGAGCUGUUACCUCAAUCGCUUCCAGUGCUGGAAAGCGACGGCACGGGUAUCAUGGAUCCAUUGUUCCGAUUCUUUGAACGCGAAAACCAAAUUGCCCGCAGCUUAUUGCAGACUGUCCGCGAAGAUAUUACGUCAUUGCAGAAAGUCUGCAACGGCGAACUGAAGCAGACGAACCACUUGAGACAGUUGAUGAGCUGGUUAACCAAGGGACUGAUUCCUCAGCAUUGGAAGCGUUAUAAGGUGCCAAAGAAUAUCGCACUGAACGCAUGGAUGGCGGACUUAAAGUCGCGUCUGGACCAAGUACAAUCGAUGGCGCAAGAACAGUCGUUUGACAGUUUGAAUGUAUGGAUCGGCGGUUUAUUCAUUCCUGAAGCGUAUGUUACGGCCACAAGACAGGCAACUGCUCAACGACAUAAGUGGUCGCUCGAAGAAUUGGUUUUGGAAGUCGAUAUUGGUGAUUCGCACGAAGGUUCUGAAGGCUACACUGUUCGCGGUUUGAAGAUGGAAGGAGGCCACUGGGCCGAUAACGAAGUACGUUUGACAUCUGAACCUAGCACAAAGAUACCCACGGUGCAACUACGAUGGGUCCGCAACCAUCUGGCUGUAAAGAAGGAAAAUGAGGUGGCUAUGCCCGUGUAUCUAAACUCGGAUCGAAGCGAACUAUUAUUUACCAUUCACAUCAACGCCAAUGCCGAAGAAAAGGAGAGAAUCCCUCAAAGAGCUGUGGCUCUUGUAAUUUCGUUCUAG